AUGUCCAGGUUCAAUGCAUCGGACAUCCGGAGGCGGCUCAACGGGCGCCGGCUGGUGUUCGUGGGUGACUCGUUGUGCCGCAACCAGUUUGAGAGCGCUCUGUGCCUCCUUGGCAUUGAUCUUCCCGAUGUCUCUGCUGUUUUCGAGCGCACAGGCAACAAUCUGACCAGGAAGGUGGACACGAUGGUGUAUGACUUCACUGAGUUCAACUUCACUGUGGAGUACCACCUCUCACACUUCCUCGUGGGAUUCCACAGGGCUCCCCCGGAUGCGCCACCUCACAUUGGAGCAGUGGUCAACACAGACACGGUUGACCCUCUCUUUGCUCGGAGGCUCUUUGACGAUCGGCCAGAGGGAUUGAUUCUCGUGCUUAAUGCAGGCCACUGGUUUACCCCAUCAAAGAUAUCACAUCAGAACGUCUCUUUCCUGGUGAACAACCAGACUCGCCCGGACAUCGAUGAGACCGAGGGAUUCCGCCUGGCCAUGCUGCGCGUGUCAGACUGGCUCCAGCAGUGGCCGCCUCAGGCUGCCAAUGCCACAGCUGUCUUCCGCACCUAUGCACCCGCCCACUUCGCGGGUGGCAGGUCUUUGUGGGCUGGGAAAGGGGCACAUGCAUGA